AGCAAACAGCCCAGCUGGCUACAGAGGUCACUCACAUCAUUCGAGUUUUGAGAGCAAUCGAGAAUGUGAAAACGUCAAGACGAAGCCUCGGUGACAGCAUGGAGGGGUUACCAGCAGGAGCUCCAGAUUGAUGACAAUCCACCAGCUAGAUAGUACCCAAUCCAUCCGAGCCAUCAGUUUGUCUCUAUGGGAUUGCCUCAUCACAGUCUUUUCGGGAGGUUACUAAGCUCAUUCUCAGAAUUUGCAGAGAAUAAAUAAAUGAACAGCACUGUGGCAUUCGUGGCCAACCGAAGGCCAUCCUCCAGCAAGCCUUCCGAUGUUCCGCAGAACGAUGAGAUUUCCAUUAAACUGAUUCUGUUGGGAGAAGCAAACACGGGCAAGACGAGUCUAGCACUUCGCUUUACCAACAAUGAAUUUCGGCCCUACACAGAAUCUACCAUUGGAGCCAGCUUUUUCGAACCCACCAUGAUGGUAGAGGACCAGCCCACCGGAAGAAGCACCAAGGUCAAUUUCAAGAUUUGGGAUACGGCCGGGCAAGAAAAAUAUCACGCACUGGCAUCCAUGUAUUACCGAGGUGCCGGAGCCGCCAUUAUUGUCUACGACAUUAGCCGGAAUAGCAGCUUUUUGACCCUCAAGAGAUGGGUCGACGACUUGAAAACGAAAGCACCACCGGAUAUCCUUGUCGUUAUCUGCGGCAACAAGGUGGAUCUGGAAGCCUCUGGAGACCGGCAAGUGCCACACAGUGAAGCCUCCGACUAUGCUGAAAGCAUUGGUGCAUUUUACCUCGAAACAUCUGCCAGAGAAAACACCAAUGUGACCGAGCUCUUUGAACAUGUCGCCAAGAAGACCAUGGAGUCACCAUAUGAUAAUACACAAACCACAGAUGAUACAGCAAUCAAUUUGGGAGAAAGACGAAGGUCGUCAGGUUGUUGUUGGAUGGGCUAGCGCAUGAAAAAAAAGAUUGGGAUAUCAGCAGCAGGUACAGUACGGUAGGCCAUUGGAGCUCAAUCCUUGUGUCUACAGAAUCACAAGACACGAAAGGAAAUCACUGCUGAUGAGUUGUCGAGCUACAAUAUGCCGAAAACAACAACCAACAUUUAGUAUGCUUCAAUUCGAUUCCAAUGAAACAUCGAAUUGGAAGCAAGAACCGACACAGGCAACCAAGUCUUGGCUCAUCUCCCGAAAUUGAAACACAAAACCACAACAUGAACGCCUGAAUGAAACGUUUUGGAGAAUGAGGCCUGUGAGCAAACAAGAGAAAUCAUGACGAUGAUGGUGCGAUAACAAGACAAACUAUGCUGAAACUGCAACAAUGUCGUAGCUGAGUGCAUGGGACAUGGAAUGUGAUGAAUCCAUCCAGCAUUUCCACCAAGAGCACUAAUGCUAGCUAGAGAAGGUGGUCGGCGGCAUUUGGCAAUUCAUGCACACGAAGAGCUACGAAUAAUUAGAUAGAUAGGCAUCGUAAUGUUGGAAGCUACUAGGAGACAGCCUGAUUAGAUGUUUCCC